AUUUCCUUGUCACGUGCACAAUCGGCCUAUUUAUUCUCUGUCAGUCCAGAUUUCUUCACUGGCGGCUUUCCAAGCAACCGAUUCAGAGGCUCCAGUGCUACCAGAACCCAACGUAACGCCCAAUCAUGGCAAACUUGUGGCAGAAGAAAUACCCGUCCGAUGAGGACUUCCCAGAGUUGUCCAAGCACAACAACCACAUGGCCAGGUGCCUGACCAAGGAGAUCUACGCCAAGCUCCGCGACAAGGUCACCCCCUCCGGCUACACCCUGGACAAGGUCAUCCAGACUGGUGUGGACAACCCUGGUCACCCCUUCAUCAUGACUGUGGGCUGUGUGGCUGGUGAUGAGGAGUCCUACGAUGUGUUUGCUGAGCUGCUGGACCCCGUCAUCGACGACCGCCAUGGUGGAUACGCCAAGGAUGCCGUCCACAAGACCGACCUGAACUUCGAGAACCUGAAGGGUGGUGAGUUCGACGAGAAGUACGUCUUCAGCUCCCGUGUGCGUACUGGCCGCUCCAUCCGUGGCAUCAGCCUGCCACCACACUGCUCCCGCGCUGAGAGGCGUGCUGUUGAGACGAUCUCUCUGGAUGCUCUGAGCCACCUGACUGGAGAGUUCGCCGGCAAGUACUACCCUCUGUCUGGCAUGACCGAUGCCGAGCAGGAGCAGCUCAUCGCUGACCACUUCCUGUUUGACAAGCCCGUGUCUCCCCUGCUGACCUGUGCUGGCAUGGCCCGUGACUGGCCCGAUGCCCGUGGUAUCUGGCACAACAACAACAAGACCUUCCUCAUCUGGAUCAACGAGGAGGACCAUCUUCGUGUCAUCUCCAUGCAGAAGGGUGGAAACAUGAGGGCUGUCUUCAAGCGCUUCUGCGAGGGUCUGCAGAAGGUGGAGGAGGCCAUGAAGAAGAAGGGCCACGAGUACAUGUGGAACCAGCAUCUGGGCUACGUCCUGACCUGCCCGUCCAACCUGGGCACUGGUCUGCGUGGUGGAGUGCAUAUUAAGAUCGAGGGUAUGUCCAAGGACCUGAAGCGUCUGGACGACAUCUUGGACAAGCUCCGUCUGCAGAAGCGUGGCACCGGUGGUGUGGACACGGCUGCUGAGGGUGGCGUCUACGACAUCUCCAACGCUGACCGUCUGGGCUCCUCCGAGGUUGAGCAGGUGCAGUGCGUGGUUGAUGGCGUCAACCUCCUGAUCGAGUGCGAGAAGAGGCUGGCGGAGGGCAAGUCCGUCGACGACCUGCUGCCCAAGACCAAGCGCGCCAAGUAAACGGGUUUCCGCUCUGCGGGUCCCUCGCUGCCUUGGGUUCUGGUGGGACACAGGAUUGUGCCAACAUAGCCUGUCUAGAUUGUUGUGUAGUUCUGACGUAGGUCUGAAAGUUCACAUGCAGUCUAGAUGUUUUCAUGUGAUGUAAACGUUAUACAGAGCAGGGUUAUGUGAUUGUCUUUGGAGUCUAUAGGGGGGAGUCUAGAGUGGAGGAAUUUGCUUGGAGGGACGACAGUCGGCUUGUGCAAAGGUACGCUGAGGGAGAAGUGUAUGGAAAGACAAAUAUUAUACCAUUGUACCUAUCAUUUGUGAAAUGUGAAAAUAAUAAUCAGGACGUUUCUACGAUGCCAUAGAAAUAGUUUCUUUGCAGUCAACAUAGAGGCACGCCACCAAAAUCCAAGUGCAGGUAUCACCCAAUGUGUAAAAUACUGAACCUGAGAAAAGAGAAAACAAGUAUGUAUCAGAUGAUAAUAUACGAGCAUGAAGAAUCUUAUUGUCCAAUAAAGUCAGCUGCGUUAUGUUUCUGGCACAUCA